CUGUGCUGCGCUCAUAAGCUGCAGCAGUUCUCUCUGUCCUCCAGAGGCGAUGCUGGAGUUUGGAGAGACUCACGGACGGCGCUGAGUGAGCGCAGCUACCAUGCCGCGCACAGGCUUAAAAUAGGGACAAAGUUUCUUUUAACAAUUUGGCAUUAUCCUGCUGUUUUCACCGCUGUCCGACAACAUGGAGUACUGGAGGCAAUGUGCGAUGUGGCUGAUCAGCUGCAACGUGCUGCCUGAGAACCACCGGGUGACUGCGGACACGGCGCAGGUGUUCGACUUGGCGCAAACCCUGCGGGACGGGGUGCUGCUGUGCCAGCUACUGAACAACUUGAAACCUCACACCAUCAACCUGAAGGAGAUCAAUCUCAGACCACAGAUGUCACAGUUCCUCUGCUUGAAGAACAUCCGCAAAUUCUUGAUGUCUUGCUGUGAGGUGUUUGAGAUGAAGAAAAGUGACUUAUUUGAAGCCUUCGAUCUGUUCGAUGUUCGAGACUUUGGAAAGGUUAUGGACACUCUAUCCAAGCUCUCUAACACAACAAUUGCACAGCAAGGAGGAUUCAAGCCAUUCCCAACCGAGGAGAGCCUAAAAGACGAGGAUAUUUACAAUAAUCUGGAAGACAUGAUUGAUGAGAAUGCCCCUGAGGAUGAGGACGACUUGUACGCCGCAGUCUAUGGGCUGGAAGAAGACAACGCAGGUGGAGAGAUCUAUGAAGACCUCAUGAGGACGGAGCAGCAUCCCCCAUUGAAGCAGGCAGAAAUAGAUGUCCGGAGCUGCUGCCUUACAGAGAUCAAACAGACAGAGGAGAAAUACACAGAGACCCUGGAAUCCAUUGAGAAGUAUUUCCUGAAUCCUCUGAAGAAAUUCUUCUCUGCGGCUGAAAUUGACAAAGUUUUUGUCAACAUUCCGGACCUGGUUAAACUUCACAAGAGCCUGAUGGCUGACGUGCAGGACUCCAUCUUAAACAAAAAUGCCUUAAAUCUCUACCAGAUUUUUAUCAGCUACAAAGAGAGACUGCUCAUUUAUGGGAUUUACUGCAGUCAGGUGGAGAUCGCCAUCGCUGUUUUAGACCUCCUUUGCAAAGAGAAAGAGGAUGUUCGUCUAAAGCUGGAGGAGUGCUCAAAGAGAGCCAAUAAUGGGAAGUUUACUCUGAGGGACCUGCUGGUUGUCCCGAUGCAGAGAGUCCUCAAGUACCACCUCCUUCUUCAGGAGCUAGUGAAACACACUCACGAUGCUGCUGACAAGAGCAACCUGAAGAUCGCACUUGAUGCCAUGAAAGACCUGGCUCAGUAUGUCAACGAGGUGAAGAGAGAUAAUGAGACUCUGAGGGAGAUCGAACAGUACCAGAGGUCUAUUGAAAACCUGAAUCAGCCUCUAAUCAGCUAUGGUCGACCAAAAGGUGAUGGAGAGGUGCGCAUGGUCAGUGUUGACAAGAGGAAACAAGACAGACACAUCUUUUUAUUUGAUAUGGCCGUCAUUGUUUGCAAGAGAAGAGGAGACAACUAUGAGAUGAAGGAUAUACUGGACCUCAACUACUUCAAAAUCACAAACAACCCCACCUCUGACAGAGAGGGUAAAAAGUGGUGUUACGGGUUCUACGUGACUCACCAGCAGGGGCACACAGGCUUUGAACUCUUUUUCAAGACCAGAGAGCUGAAGAAGAAGUGGCUGGAUCAGUUUGAAAUGGCCAUAUCGAAUAUCCGACCAGAGAAAGCCAACCAUAACUUCCACCAGUUCAAGAUACACACCUUUGAAAGGAUAACGUCCUGUAGUUUCUGUCACCUAUUGCUCAGGGGCAUCUUUAACCAGGGAUAUCGCUGUCUAAAAUGUGGGCUGGGGGCUCAUAAGGAGUGUCUGGGUCGACUGGGAGUCUGUGGAAGAACGGAUUCUGCCAAGCCGAAGCCCAAGGAGAGCACAACACCACCAGAUCCAGGUUUACCCAGGAUGGUUGUGAUCAGAGACUACAGUGGCGUCCCCUGUCCCCUCUGUGGGCCCCCACUAAGCAUUCAUGCAGGGGAUGUCAUUGAACUGAUGUUUGCCGACCUGCACAGCUCCUGGUGGCAGGGCAAAAUUCUGGCGACAAGCAAGAUUGGCUUCUUUCCAAGUGAUGCUGUGAGGCCUUGCCCAUGUGUUCCAAAACCUGUCGAUUACUCUGCUCAGCUCUGGUUUGCAGGGCCUAUGGAGAGAUACCAGGCUGAGGUGGAGCUCCUGGACCGAGGAAACAGCACCUAUCUGGUUCGACACAGAAGUAAAGAGUGCACUGAAUACGCCAUCAGUAUCAAGUUCAACGAUAAAGUCAAGCACAUUAAGAUUCUGACCAAGGAUGGCUGCUUUUACAUCGCUGAGACCCGGCUGUUCAAGACUGUGCUGGACUUGGUGGAAUACUACAAGCAGUACUCUUUGAAGGAGGGUUUCAGCAGUCUUGACACCACUCUGCAGAUCCCCUAUAGGGAACUUUCCAAUGGAAACAUGCCCAGGGCCAUUACCAAGGCUGGCAGUGUGUUUUCUCCUAGGGUGGAAGGUAUUGCAGUGGCGCGCUAUGACUUCUGCUCUAGAGACACACGGGAGCUAUCCCUGCAGCAGGGAGACAUUAUCAAGAUCUACACCAAGAUGUACAAUGGGUGGUGGAAGGGAGAGGUCGACGGCAUGGUGGGCUGGUUUCCCUCUACCUACGUGGAAGAGGAGGACUGACUGCUGGAUGAAUGACGUCUGUUCAGCGUCCAUUCAAAGCUGACCACCUCCAGUGAGUGCCAUGCUGCUCAGCCACUCUCUGUGCCCUGCAAGUCAGAUCUCUUUGAUAAAACCCAGAGACUCGGACUUAAGAGGAAACGGCGGUGCCCUAAGAAACCUUCUCCUGCCCUCUGACAGACUCACACACAGAGCAGAUGUCAAAUCACAGAUUCCAGGAGCAUCACGCCAUAUCUCACCUCUCUGUGGCCCUGUCUGCCCCUGCGGCCCACUGGGAAGUGCAUGUGCUGUGCCCAGAUAACUCUCCCUCCUCCCUUCCUGCUCACCUUGUCUUAUUAUUGAUGACUCCAUUGGCUGGUGUGAGACUUGCCUUCACUGUCAUCAUGUUUCAAUACCAGGAAGGCUCAGUCACCCAACUGGAACACAGAUCCUGCUGACAGCGCAAAGCCCAGGUACUCCACCAAAUUGAAAUGCAGGAGCUGAGGCGCUUCAACUGUUGUUGGAACACUAUAGCCCUCUUCGCUGUUCAGACCUUCAUGUUGGACUGUCUGUCUAAGAUCCAUUUUAUUUUUCUAAUUUUUAAUUACUGGACGGAUAUAAACUAUGUGAUAUUUAAAUGCAAUUGUUGAAACGUGGUUUGAGACUGUUUAAAAAAAGAAUGGAAAGAUUUCAGCAUAAAUGACAAUGUCAUUCUCAUGUGAUGUGUUUGCAGUCUAUAAUGACUAUUAGUGAUUUGGCCAAAGAAAAACAACAUAAUAAUGUGGCUGUGGAAUCCCCCUCUGAUGAAGCUAUGUCUCUAAGCUUUGAUUUCUAUUUGAUUAUCAUUUCUUUUAAAUCAUUAUUUAUUUGAAUCACCACCUCACCUUUAAGUACCAUCUUCACAAAGCAUUGUGUUGGUGCCAAAAUAUCAAAACUAGCAUACCCUUUUAUUUUUCUCACACAGAUGUAAAGCAAUAGUUAUUUAUAUUUUUGGGAAAUACACUUAUUCACUCUCUUGUUGAAAAGAAAAUGAAAAGAUAGUACUCUAGUACUCUCAAACAUGUACUAAGGUAUCACACCAAUGCAUUUAAAUAAAUUAAAAGGCCUUUA